AUGCGUUCUGCCAAAGCUGUUGUGUCUGAGAACUUCGCGCGAUACGGCAAAGCGGGCGCCAGCAUGUCGCAUGGUAAUUCUGGGUCGCCAUCCCAACAGCACACUUUGACAUCACUCAAGCGAUGGUCGGUCGCAAACACAGAGCUGCCUGCUGUUUCGCAAAUUAAAGCAAUUCACGUGUAUGAUUUCGAUAACACUUUGUUCCUCAGUCCAUUGCCAAAUCCACAAUUAUGGCACGGGAGUAGCAUCGGCCAUCUACAAUCCGAAACUCAUUUCGUCAAUGGUGGGUGGUGGCAUGAUCCAAACAUCCUCUCCGCCACGGGAAAGGGGCUGGAAGAGGAGGAACCACGAGGAUGGAAGGGUUGGUGGAAUGAGAGCAUCCUUCAACUUGUGAAACUGAGCAUGCAACAGAAGGAUGCGGUGACCGUGCUUCUUACUGGUCGAGGCGAAGCAAGAUUUGCAGAACUCAUAAAACGAAUGGUGACAAGUCAGGAUAUGAACUUUGAUUUGAUCGGCCUGAAGCCUGAAGUUGGCCCCAAUGGGAAGCGUUUUGUGUCCACUGCUGCGUUCAAGCACGCCUUUCUUGAGGACCUUAUUCUCACCUACAAUCAAGCGGAUGAUAUUCGGGUGUACGAGGACCGCGUCAAACAUGUGUCCGGGUUCCGUGAACACUUUGAGGAGUUGAACAUGAAGUUGCAAGCUGGGCUAUUCGGUUCACGAAAGCCCAUAAAUGCCGAGGUCAUCCAUGUAUGCGAGGUAGCCACCUUGCUUGACCCAGUAACCGAAGCUGCCGAAGUGCAGCGCAUGAUCAAUUCGCACAACCUUGCUCUCCGCAACCCAUCUUUAGGAAGACACAAGUCGUCUCGACGCUGCAUGCACAUUAGACGCACAAUCAUCUACACUGGGUAUCUGAUUUCUGAAGAAGACUCCAAGCGCAUGGUUGAUGAAAUUUUGAGCUCGCUUCUUCCUAACGGGCUUGCUGAGUCAAAUGACAUUAAGUACCUGGCUAACAAUAUCCUAAUCUUCCCUCGUCAUGCCCCACACACCCUUUUGGAGAAAGUCGGUGGCCUCGGGAAGAAAGUAAGCUGGCAAAUUACUGGAACAGCAGUUCUCGAGAAUCGGGUUUUCGCGGCCCGUGUCGCACCAAUCCCGUCCAAUGAACAGAUUCACUCAGAGAACCCAGUCCCACUGAUUGUCCUGGCUGUUCGUAAAGGUGCUCGCCCCAUCGACGCAUCGAGAAUCACGAGCUGGCAGCCUGUUCCAUCAAGCAAAGCGCUGAAAUUUGACACGGUGGUGGGAGAAAAAGCCAUACUUCGCAUUGAAGAUGAAGAGACAUCAGGGGCUCCAACCGGGCCCAAAAGUCUAAAGCGACGCUUUCAACAGUAUGACGAUCAACAGCCCAGCACGGACGGAAACUACGAGACAUCCUCACAAGGUUUUCAUCCUUACCACCGGCCAACUGGGGAUAAUCGGAGUCAGUACGAUGACAGUGCCUCUCGCCGGGGAUUUUACCGUGGCCGAGGCCGUGGUAACGGACGUGGUCGAGGCCAUGCUACGCGCGGUGGUCGGGGUCGUGGCCGUGGCCGUGGCGAGGGCGGCUCAAACUUAUACUAUAAGUCACUGGAUGAUUACAGCAAUGGUUACACCGGAUCAUAUGAUAACACGGGAGGCAACAACAGCAACGGAUAUCCAAUGGACUACUGA